GUAAGUCAGACCGACGAGGGCAGUUAAGUAAUAUUAGUAAAAACCAAGUGGGCUUCGUACCAUCACCAACCACUCCACUCGUAGCACAGAUCAACUUUAGCAGUCUCCCUCUUUCUCUCUAUUUUUUUCUGCAGCUAAAUUCAAGAUCAGCAACCCUUCAUCAAACAGCUGGAUAAUUGGGCUCUCAUUUCUUUUCCCAUCUCUAAUGGGUUUUCUUCUGUGGAAUCAAACACGACAGCAAUGGAUUGGAAGUAAAGGAUCUCAAAAGAGCGAACAAGUGCGAGAACCCAAAUUGAGUUGGAAUGCAACUUACGAGAGUUUGCUUGGGACCAACAAACCAUUCCCACAGCCGAUUCCAUUGCCGGUUAGAAAUGGUGGAUUUUCUGGUGGAUGUGUGGGAGCAAGAGGGACUUUACGACUGACUUGUGAGAGCAUAAGAUUUUUUUCGACUUUGCCAUCGUUUGUCUCCAUUAUUAUUUUCAAGUUUCCCGACUUGCAGCAAAUUUGUAACUAGCUCGUGUGUGUGUUCCCCCUUUUCCCGCUGUUGCUCCGUGAGUUGUUGAUAUCAGACAUCGGGUGGAAUAUGAAUGACAGAACCGAGAAAUGUGAUGUUUCUGUUGCUUUGAUUUAUUUUGAAGGUUCACUUGUGAUUUGUCUUUUUUUCUUAAUGUGUUAACAUAUGAUACAUUCAAACUGCAUCAUGCUUAGAAGAUGCUUGCAUGAAUCCUUUUGACUAUCAAUUGCAAGAAUAAGAAGUAAAGUCGAGAAAGAAAAAGGGAUUUAAG